AUGCUCAGCAACAUGUUUCUAUGGUAACGAGUUUUUUUUCUUUUGUUUCUUCAAAUGUGUAUUGUAUAUAGGCUUAUACAUAUAUAUAUAUAUAUAUAUACUUUUCUAGCCUACUAGUAUGAUGACUGCAACAGCACAGCCAACUCAGGUAGUUGUGCCCACUGCACCUGUUGUUGUAGAAGAAGAACCUUUAUACGUAAAUGCUAAACAAUAUCAUCGAAUUCUUAAGAGACGAGCAGCUCGUUUAAAGCUCGAAGAGAUGCAUAAAUUAGAAAGGACAAGAAAGCCGUAUCUUCAUGAAAGUAGACAUCGACAUGCUAUGCGUCGUCCAAGAGGUCCAGGUGGAAGAUUUUUAACUGCUGCUGAAAUUGCUGAACUAGAAAAGAGUGGAAAAUUACCAGCAAAGGAUAAUAA